AUGGCUAUUUACGACAGUGGCGAAACGAACCUAAGUCAGGGGGCCUCUGGAGGAAGUGUCCCCCCCAUGCAAAGCCAGAAUAAACAGCACCCCAUUAACGGCACGGCGUAUCAAGGCAUCCGAAAAAGGAGCACAGAGGAUGAUAAAAAAGGUUUACUGCCGAUGAGCAAGAUGAAGAAUUCAAGUGUUACCUUCACCAAGUUGCAUGGAAACGAUAAGUACCAGGAGGAGGGUAAGAACUACUACUCGACUGUUAAGCAGACAGUGAUUACUCCUGUGAGUAACCAAAACAAUCGUAUCGAAAUGGAUAGCAUGGCUCAUUCGUUUAAUGAUAAUGGAGAAUGGAGCCACAUGAACAAGUUGGGUUUGCACAGAGAGGAGAGAAGUAAAAACUGCACACUGAUUCAAGAUCCUAUCAUUCGGAAUACGGGUGGAAGGUCUUUUCAUGGAGAGUACAAGACGACAAAUGGCCCGAAAUUGACAAGUACCUAUCGGAAGGGAAGGAAUUCUUAUGCUAUGCUUAAUAGAGCAAACGAAUUGAAUUUUCCACCAGGGGGUAAUAAUGGCAUGGCCGCUUGCAGCAUGAUAGGGGAGACCUCUCCUGGGUACGCAGAACGGUCUCUGGAGGAGAAGGUAGAUGUAUUGAACGGAGAUGAGAAGACAAGCCAAAUACGCACUCAUGAUGUUAUGAUGAAGGAGGUUAAGGAGAACCAGGUUUACAAUCCAAAAAUGGGGCUUAAACAAAAUGGAGGAGAGCUUCAUGGGCCGGCGCAACGGACAGAACAGGUCCUCAUCAAUCCUGGUGGAAACCUUCAAAAGGUUAAAACAAAACCCGCCUUUGAUUCCUCCAUCAAGCAGAUUGAAGUAGAACCAUUCGCCUCGCAUAAGAGCAUUAGCCUUAUUAACAGAAUUGACAAUAGCGGCAACGACAACGACAACGGUAAUGGCGAUGGUAACGGUAACUGUAACGGUCAUCGGGACGAUUACAAUCAGGUGAAAUAUUUGACCAAGUCCACGACGCGAGAAAAAGGAAACCUCGAGUUUUCCAACAAAAGGAAAAAUUACAAGAAUGGAGCUUACAAUAGUUUCUCUACCCCCUAUGAGCAGAGGUUAAGUAUUUUGAAGAAAGAACCUCCCUCAAAUCAUGGAAAUUUCACUUCAAGUUCCAAGGCGGACCAAUCAUUUGACAGGCCAUUUUAUGGGAAACGUAUGGAAGGAGUGCCUACUGGAAGUGGUCUACUUACCAAGGUGAAUAUGCUCCCAGAACAGCGCAAUAUUACCCCAUCGAAGGUGAAUGACUUGUUAUCCGUGAUGAAGUAUCCCGGGGAGAUACCUUACAAUGGAGUUUCCUCCGUAGGAAGUUCUGUUCUUUGCACUUCUCCCUUGUGCAGCCCCCCUACAUUAUUGUGCGCAUCUGCACGACAAGAAGUAGGACGAACCUCGUUCAUAGACUUGACAACGAAGCGAUCCAGGGGGAAUGUUUUAAAUUCAGUAUGCAGAGAUGGAGAAGGAAGAAGGCGCAUCCUACCCCAAUCGAGUGAAUCUAUUGAUAGUAAUUCUUUCAACUAUAACACAAUCGAUAUGGAAAAUUUAUCCCCCGACAUGAGGACAUCCAAUAGCUUGAAUGUAUGUCUAAGUCUUGGCUUAAAAAAGAGGCCUAAAAAAAUAAUGGGAGGAGGGGUGGUGGAUGGAUUUACGAGAAAUAGCAACAUGAUGAAUCAAAAAAAUAACCCAACAACAGAUAUGUGCCUUUCCAACAAUGCCAAAGGAAGCAGUAGGAAAAAAAAAGGAAGUAAAAAUUUCAGUUUAAAUUUAUGUAGUUCUUGUCUGAACAUAGAUGAUGGUAUUUACCUAAAGCAGAUAAACGAAAUUAUGAAUAGAGAUAUUCUUUUUUCAGAUGAGGAUUUGCUUAUCAUUGAUGAGUUAAGGAAAUCGAGUAUUCAGAAUUCGUACGUUUUUAACAACAUCAAAACUGUGAGUACUUUCCGCAAAGGAGGACUUACCUGGAUCGUUUACAACAACCAUGGUGGGUGGUAUCCUUCUACAAAAACACAGAAGUUGGUGAGAGUCAAUUAUGACAAAGUAGAUGCGGAGCAACAACCUUCCCUUCUAAUCGGAGGAGACACUAAUGAUAAUGAAUGCGCUUACGUAGACUUGAUCAAGAAAAAUAUUUUUUGCACAAACAAGUACAUUAUAGAACCUACUAUUGAGAACACGUGGCUGAAAAAGGUCUUACUGAUUAUUAAAAAAGAGGAUCUAGAUCUAGAUGCCUUUUUUUUUAAGCUCAAAUAUUAUUUUUACAAAUCAGUCUUAUUCUUAUACCAAGAAGGAAUCAAAUCGUAUCUAGGAGAUGUAGCGAAUCAGAUGAAAAUUUACAUCAACUACAAUUUCUGGUCUGCAUCGGAGGUAGCUUAUAUUUUGAGACAACUAACAAACCUCUGUAGCAUACAAAUUGAGGUGAGGGUGAAAGGAGAAAUAGGGUGCGUUAUCUAUUUGAACAAGGAGCCUAAGGGAUUCCAGGGAUUUGUAGACAGUCACAACAUGAAUGAUACUUUCACGAAGAAGGAUUGGAUUCUGUUACACAGGUUUGCCAUUAAAAUGAUGAGAUAUAAAAGAGAGGCUAGUGAAAAGGAUGGGAGCGAUGUCGUGUCGCCAGCUCUUCUGGCCACUGGGGAGGAGAAACUUGUCGGGGUGGAAAAACACGGGGAGAAGCGUCAGAGCGAAAGUGGCACCACGAAUCGAAGCACUGAUGGAUGCACCGCUCAGUGCGAAGAUGGAAGGAAUGACAACUUGUCGGGCGAACUGGUCGAUGGAAGUGACUUGGCGCAGAAAGCUUCUUCUGGAAAGGUGGACUUUCCCUUUGUUGAGGACAAAUCGGUUAGCGAUGUUCCUAUGGAUCUGCUCUCCCCUGUCAGCGUGGCGCUUGCCACGACGCUGAGCGGGGUGGCCACGGAGGAUCCUACCGAAGUGGCUACGAAAACGACAACCAUUGUGACGACGAACAUUCCUACCAAAUUGACUAUCGACGUGACUAACGAUGUAUCUGCGAACCCUCCCGCCGGAAGAAGCGAAGACGGAAGCGAGUGCAUCUUCUGCUCAUCGACCACUAAAAAGCUUAAAUCCUACAUGUUCAACGGAGGAAGGUAUGCAUUCGCUGCCAAGCUCAAGGAAGAAAUUAACCACUUCAAGUCAAAGCGCCUAGGAGAUAUUAUACACCUAGUACAGCUAGCUAUACACAAAGGCAUAUUCGUCUAUUCCCAAAGAAUUCUUUUGCCUGUCUCGGCAUGCGAAAAAAGUGCAGAUGACCUAUAUCCAAAAAUAAAACAUUUCAAUUAUGAGCUUUGUGAUACACUAGAAGAAGUGAUGAAAAUAAUUUCUCUCUUGGUGGAUCACAAACCAAAUGGACUUGUUCUGGCACAACUGAAGCAACAGUUCAUUCUUCAGUUCAAGAAGGAGCUGAACAGUUUGCACUUUGGUUAUAAGAAACUUCAAAAUCUGCUCCUAGCCGAACCGUUUAGUAAGCACUACAAGCUAUAUAUCCCUAACUGCAACAUGCACCGCACGCAUAUUCAGCAUAAGAAGUACAAGAUCCCGGACAACUGCAGGAUAUUCCAGAAGGAGAACAUCAAUGUGGGGUCCUUCCUUGAGUUCAUCGACCAUCACGAGGUCGACGGUUAUUGCGCGGAGGACGAAGAGGAUGAAGAGGAUGAUGGCAUCGACAGCGAUGAAGAUGAAGGAAGAGGAGAAGAACCCGUGGAUGAAAUAGUUGAUGCGAAAUCGGAGGAUACGGGACAAACCGCUAAGGACAGGGCUUCACUACCCAGAGGAAGACACACAAAUGAUUUUCUUAACCCAUGUAUGGAAAUUGAAAAGGCCGACCACAUACCAUGCGGGAAAACUACCAAAAUAUCAUACUUAGAAGUCGAAUUAGAAAAUCAAACAAAAGGAAAGCAACUCAUUCAAAUCGAUAAAGAUUGCAAAGAGAGUAUGAAACAUGAGAAGAGAACAGAUGGGUUAAUGAGCAAAGAAGAAAUUAUAUCCAGGCAUGAGGACCUAACCGACGAGACGGAGCAAAUAUCCGAGCAGAUGAAAAAACAGAUGACCGACCAGACCUGUCGCAACGAUCCCUCCCUCUGCACCGAACAGGUAGAGACCUGCAAUGUAUCAACGAAAUGGCAAACGAAAGGAGAAACGAAUAAACCAAGGGAAAUGAAAAAAAGGCAAGACCUCACCUACAGAAACUUGUGUAACCUCCCGUUGUUCAUACAAGAAACAGUAGAAAUGACACUGGAGAAUGAGAAGGAUGAUGGAUGUACAUUCGUAGACAUGGAAGAUGUAGGUAAUUUUUUUCCACCCCAGGAGGGAUCCACAGGGCAAGAUUCAGAUAAGAGAAACGACAUGCACCUUUCGAUUUUGCCGCGAAUAUCGUGUACAGCAGAGGAAGGAAUCCCCCAAACAGGUGAACAAGCCAAUCCAAGUAGGGAUGGAGAAGCUCCACCAGAAACUAGCAUGCCCUCGCGUGGAGAGAACCCCAGUAGAGGAAGGAGUGUCCUCACUAUGUUGUAUCACAUGGACCUAAAUGCAGAGGAUGCACACGCUGAAACGCUGAGGGCGAUAACGGAAAUUUUUUCUAAUACCAAGGAUCAGCUUGAAGGAAAUCUCGCGGAAGACAAUAUAAAUGAACAAGAUAACAUCUGGCACUACUCACUACUGUCUGAUGACACGCAGAAGAACAACAACGUGGUCGCAACUCCAAAGAGAGCAAUACUUCCCCCGAUAGUCAACAUUUGCACCUUAAUUAAAAAGUACAAAAGGAAAAAAAAAAAAAACUACCAACUGUCUUUCGAACAAGGAAAUAACAAAAGCGAUAUUUGGAGGAGCAAAAUUAGCGACGAGGAUGUUCCUCAACAGCAUGAUGAUGAGAACCAGACGAAUGACAAAAAGGCGAUCUUCCUAAAGAAUAAUCUCUCAAUGACAAGUGUUUUAAGAGAUACGCCCACAGGAUCACCAGAAAAUAAAUUUCUCCGUUUCAGGGGGGAUUCUAAAUUCCGUAAUUUGUCUCACACUGUAGUAGAUGUGGAGGGACCAAAAGUUGUUAGACCGCUUGGAAAAAAUGGCAUUUACGAGAAAGGAGCUUUCACCAGUGCGGAUUAUGCUGCCAACACGAUGAGAGAAGACAACGACCAAUUGAGUGAAUCCCAUUUGGACCUGAAUAAUGUCAGGCAGAAUUAUUUUCAUUAUAUGAAAAAGAACCAAGGGGUAAAUCUCGCUACGAGCUAUCAUUUGUCCAAGAGAACGAAAAGCUUUAUUAAGGAUUCCCCUGCGUCGGUGGCGGAUGAGGGGGAAGUGAUUCUUCGAGAAGGAGUAUCUCCAUCCCGAUCGACCGUACAGUCCCCAAGGUAUCUCCCCCCUUGUGCAACUACUAAUGUGAAGCAAAACGGGCAAUGUACACGAUACGACAAAAAAAUUGAACCCUUCGACAUAGCGAGAAACCAACUGAGAGAUAACAGAGUUGCUCAAAAUAGCAUCCUUCCUGGUGAACAUUGCAACAUUUGGGAUGAUGCUUGCCAGAAAGGAAAAAAUGCAAAGGGGCAUCAUCAGUACAAUUCCCAAACAGGGGAUGAUAUUACUCCCUAUGGAGAUUAUUGCCAAUCGAAUGAUCUAAACUUGUGUGAACCUACUCCAUUAGAUACAGAUAAUGGGUUCAUAGAUGAGAAAAACUCAUACGGAGUACCCCCGAUGGGUAGCAGCACCACCGCAUGUAGUGUGGAAAAAAAGUCUACUCCACCAGAAGGUAAAAGUGAAGAGCACCUCCCCAUGGGCGAACAACAGGGGAAUUAUAAUACUUAUAUUUUUGCCCAGGGGAAAAAUAAAAAGAUGCACAGAGGGGAGACCAAGUUGUGCAGGACAGAAAUGUCGAGUAAUCCAGAUAGCAAAAUGAAGGUUAUAAAAAAGGAGCAGGUAGAUAAGGACACGUCCAUUUAUACUAUUCAGGAGAAAGUAGCUGAAGAGAUAGAAGCUGAACCUUUUAAGAACCAUGUCACUAACCAAUGUGUAAAUCGUCUCAAAGGUGAGGAGGUGGAAGAGCUCUCUCUUGAUACGACUCCCUGGAGAAAAAACACAGAUUUGUCAGGACUCGCCCAACAUGGCACGAACAGUCUGAUAAUGGAACAAGAUCACAACACGAAGGAUAAAAACUGGGAGGGAGACCAGAAUUAUGAACAUAACCGGAAUGACAAUUCCAAUAGUAAACUCUACCAUGUAGAGGGAGAAUAUGGUUUCCCGAGCAGUGGCGCGCUUUCGACUGAGAAGGGAUCAGCGCAGCAAGGAGGAGACACUCAUCAUGCGCUGAGUUGUACGUACUUAAAAAAAACAGACUUUAUGAAAUGCGAUUUGAACAGAGUAAGAGGAAAAACUGACAACAAUAGCAACUCUACUACCACUACAACAACUACUAUAGCAAAUAACAAUAACGGGGGAAGUAAUAAUUCUGGCCACAGCGACUCGAUUGUUGAUUACCACAGUGGAAACAGUAACACACAGAUGGGAGAUACCCCGGAUAGAAGUGAAAACGGAUACUAUGUCCAUAGCGCAGAGCAGGUUGGCCAAGAAAGUGUGGGCCCAAGUACAGAGGUGAAAACGGAUGGACUGAUUCUCCCCCUAAGCACCCAUGUGGAAGAAUCAAACAGAGGGUCAAACAAAGCGAACACCUAUCGCCCGAACAGUGACCAAGUGCAGCAUCAAGGAGAAAACCACAGAGGAGACACCCCCGCCAAUAGCGUUACGCACAGUGAGCAUAGUAACCAUUAUACUCGCCAGUACACAAGGCAAUAUGCCCACCAAUAUGCACAUCAGUACGCUCAUCAGAACAUGUAUUCCCCAAGCGACAAAAGGAGAGGCACAUACAAGUGCAACGAUAAGGAACGCGCAUCAGGGAAGAGAUCGUACAUCCCCUUCGAAAGCAGGAACUCAUUUACGUAUGCCACUGCGUCUUAUAGGGGAGGCGCCAACUUACGGGAUGGAUACAAAAGGGAAAAUGACAUGAAGAAAAAUUUUUUAAAAAAAAACGAAAUUGAUAGCAAUCCACAAUUGGCAGAAGUUUUAAGCGUUAAAAAUCAUGGCACAGGAGGAGAAGGCCUCUUCUUCUCCCCCCCAAAUGAGGGGAAAAAUUAUCGAAACUUUAUUACUUCGAUGAACAACGUAAAACAAGAAAAGUUACUGACCUCCAAUGACAGCAUCUUCUUUAACUACAGAAAUGAUAAAAGCGAUCAUGCCUUUAAGAGCAGGAGCAUACUUAAAAGGAAUAAAUAUGUUGAUCCGAAUGGGGGGUUCAAUCAGGAAAGGAAGAAAAAUAACCAUAACCAUAACCAUCAGGUUUUUAACCCCCUGGAGGAUGCAUACCAACAACAGAGAGAAAGAGAAAGAGAAGGGCGCAUAACUGACAACAGCUACGCACUGGUGGACAAGAUGGACAACCCUGUGACCACCUACUUGGGAAAAACUCCUGACACGGUGCUCCACAAACAGAGCAGAGGCACAAAAAAUCAUUUCCUCCAAAGUAGCUAUUUUCCGUACCAUCAAAAUAAAAAAAACGCAUUCGUCAAAUACGGAGAUGUAGACACUUCCUAUGGAAACCACAGAGAGCUGAAGAAGCCACAGUCCAGGAAUUUUUUUAAUUGUGCAUCAGACACGGCAACGCCAGUUACCAAUGAAGGUACUGCGAGCUUUGGAAAAAUUUGCAAAAUUAAAAAUAUUUAUUCAGAUCAAUUUCCUAGAAAAUAUUUUUCUGGAGAGACAAAGAAAUUUGGUAAUUCCAGUUUAGGUUACUCGUACGAAAAUAGGGGGAACGUAGAUUUGCCUCCUGUUUCGAACGAGUACGUGAAGUUUUCGUCCCUGGUUAAGGGGAAGACUAGAAUAAAUGCGAACCCGAGCUUUGUGGAAAAUGGGACGCUCAAAAUGGGCAGCCAAACGCAGGAUCAAGUGAGGGACCUCGCUUCCCUCAGUGAAGUUUAG